AUGCAGGAGGUCAUUGCGGGUCUGGAGCAUUUCACGUUCGCCUUUGAGAAGGAUGUGGAGACUCAGAGGGGCACGGGGCUCCUGCCUUUCCAGGGAAUGGACAAGUCGGCCGCAGCAGUGUGCAACUACUUCUGGAAAGGUCUUUGUGGGAAAGGUAAGCGCUGCCCCUUCAGGCACGACAGCAGCGGGAAGAAGGUCGUCUGCAAACACUGGCUGCGAGGCCUGUGCAAGAUGGGUGACCAGUGCAAGUUCCUGCACCAGUACGACGUCACCAAGAUGCCCCAGUGCUACUUCUUCUCCAAGUUCGGUGACUGCAGUAACAAGGAGUGCCCCUUCCUCCACGUGAAAGCAACUUCCAGGACCCAGGACUGUCCUUGGUACAAUCAAGGGUUCUGCAGCCAAGGUCCCCUGUGCACGUACCGCCACGUCCAAAAAGUGAUGUGCAUUAAUUACUUGGCGGGCUUCUGCCCUGAGGGACCCAAGUGCCGCUUCGCACAUCCCAAGAUGAAGUUCUCCCUCAGUCCGAGUCCCGUGAAGGCUGUAGACUGGUCCUUGGACUCCGUGUCCCCCGGCACGAUGCCCUCCCUGGGAGAGAGCUGGUUUCUCCAAAUGGGGGCUCAGGAGGAGGUGUGGACCACCUGCCUGAGGCUCUGGCCUCUGCACCAGGACCUGUGCUACAAGGUAAAUGAGAGGACCCAGGAGGGCUGA